AUGUCUUUAAGCUCAUAUAUUAUACACUCCUUUAAACAUCUUCUUGAUCCAAGGUUUGGUGAAGAAUCUGUGGUAGGUAGCAAAGAAUUUCCAAUUCCGCGAUUUACAAAUAAAGAUGUAAAACUAAUUGCUGCAGAAGCGCAAAAAGUAUUUUCGCAUCAAGACAGACUACUCAAGUUAAUUGGCCCAACUGUUGUUGUUGGAGAUCUUCACGGGAACCUUCAUGAUUUAUUAAGAAUAAUUCGUAAGGGAGGAAACCCAGAGAUUACUCAAUAUCUAUUUCUUGGUGAUUACGUUGACAGAGGUCAAUAUUCGAUAGAAGUCGUAAUUUUACUUUUCGCAUUUGCAUGUCAAUACCCCAGAUCGUUUUUCUUACUACGAGGCAACCAUGAAUUCAGAAAGAUGAAUUCCAAGUACGGUUUCCGUGAGAAUACAAUUGAAUCUGGUUAUUCUGAUUGCUACGAGCCGAUUAAUGAAGCUUUCGAUUACAUGCCUAUUGCAGCAAUUAUAAAUCAUUCAUAUUUUUGUGUUCAUGGAGGAAUUUCUUCACAUUUACACAAUUUAGAAGAUAUCGAAAAAACUCCAGUUCCUUUACCAGAAGAAGGAUCUCUUAUGCUCGAAGAUCUUCUAUGGUCAGACCCCAAUCCAUCAGCAAUCAUGUUCCAGCAAUCUGAUAGAGGAAUUGGCUCACAUUACGGAUAUCUUGCUGCAGCUGCAUUUACUUCGAAAUUCAAGCUAAAAUCAAUUAUCAGAGCUCACCAGUUCAUAGAAUCCGGUAUAAAAUACAAUUUCGACAAUUUAGUAAUUACGGUCUUUUCUGCAAGUAAUUACUCACAAGAAAACCCUAAUCCAUCAUGCUUCUUACAGAUAAGACAGACAGAUCAUAUAGAUCCGAUUCUUUUACUCUCAAUUCCUUUCCUUGAAAGGAAAAACGCUCAUUUUGUUAAUAUUCGUCAAUAUAUUCCAGUUGCCGUACAACUAAGGAUCAUGAGAUCAAUCUCCAAUUGUGUACGAACCCGUUGCCCACGUGGAUUAGCUUUAGCUGGUUCAAUGAGUUCGAUCAAAUUGGCUAAUUUCAAUAAGAUUUGUUCUACUGUUAAUGACCUUCGGACAAUAACAGAAACGUUCUAA